GGGGAAAGUCCCACUUACAUAGCUGCUCAACAGAUACUGUGGGAGGGCCCAGUGCUACUCACUGUGCAUUGAAAAUCACUGUACAUCAUUAACAUUUUCCAUUCCUCAACUUCCAGAAUAUUUCCCCCACGGUUUGUAGACCAGCUGAAGGAUCGUGUGGAAGCUAAUAGAGAAAUUAGAGGAAAACUGCUGAAAGAGCCUGUCUCUACUGAUUCGGUUGACACCAUGUGGGUGACUAACCUGGUAGCCAUGGCCCUAUUGGCCACUGCAGCCUCCGCUGCCACCGCCGCCUCGGCAGACAAGGUCCUGAGCAACCACGCCACCCUGUUGUCUGACAACAGCGCCAGCCUGGCGUUCGGCCUCUACCAGAACAUAGCCAAGGAAAAGGACCUGGAGAACAUCCUCAUCUCCCCGGUGGUGGUGGCCUCUUCCCUGGGCCUGGUGGCACUCGGGGGCAAGGCUUCCACCGCCUCCCAGGUCAAGACCGUGCUGAGUGCUAACAAAGUGAAGGACGAGCAGCUGCACGCUGGCCUGGCCGAGCUCCUGGAGGAGGUCAGCGACUCCAAGGCCCGUAACGUCACCUGGAAGAUCAGCAACCGCCUAUACACCCCCAGCUCGGUCAACUUUGCAGAUGCCUUUGUCAAGAGCAGCAAGAAGCACUACAAAUAUGACCACACAAAGAUAAACUUCAAGAACAAGAAGAGCGCUGUGAAGUCCAUCAAUGCUUGGGCGGCCAAAUUCACCGAUGGCAAGCUGCCCGAGGUAACCAAGGAUGUGGAGAAGACCGAUGGGGCCAUGAUCAUCAACGCCAUGUUCUUCAAACCCCAUUGGGAUGAACAGUUCCACCAUAAGAUGGUGGACAACCGUGGCUUCCUGGUGUCUCACACUCACACUGUUGGUGUACCCAUGAUGCACCGCACAGGUAUCUAUGGCUUCCACGAAGACACAGUGAAUAAGCUGUUCAUCCUGAGCAUGCCCCUGGCCCAUAAGAAGUCCAGCAUGGUGUUCUUCAUGCCCUACCACGUGGAGCCCCUGGAGAGGCUGGAGAAGCUACUGACCCGUAAGCAGCUGGAAGACUGGAUGGGCAAGCUAAAGGAGACGGCUGUUGCUGUGUCUCUGCCCAAAGUCUGCAUGGAAGUCAGCCACAACAUUCAGAAACACCUUGGGGAGCUGGGUCUGACUGAGGCUGUGGAUAAGACCAAGGCGGACCUGUCCAACAUCUCUGGGAAGAAGGACCUGUAUCUGUCCAAUGUCUUUCAUGCCUCUGCCAUGGAGUGGGACACCGAUGGGAACCCCAUAGACAGAAGCAUCUUCGGCACAGACAAGCUGAAGAACCCCAAGCUGUUCUACGCUGACCAUCCCUUCAUCUUCCUGGUGAAGGACACCAAGACCAACUCCAUCCUCUUCCUCGGCAGACUGGUGCGGCCUAAGGGCAAGAAGAUGAGAGAUGAAUUAUAACACUUUGGAGUCUUAUGUGAAGUGUUUUGUAUGUGUGCGUGUUAUGGUGUUUGUGUGUGUGUUUAUGUGUUUGUAUUUUUCUAUGCAAAGAGAGGAAAGGGAGAAAAUGAAUUUGUACGUCUAAUACCUCAAGAGUACAUUCCCAUUUGAUCAUCAAUGUGCCAACAUUUUUGCCUGUUGUUCACUAUGCAUGAUUCAGAAUUAUAUUUCUGUGUUGUAAGAAACAAAGCAUUGUGUACUCUAACUUCACCUUGACAUGGUAUUAUCAUCUAGCCUGGUUUCAAAACUGAAUAUCGCCCCAUUUCACAAAAGAGAGUGAUAUUGGGUUUGGUCAUCCUCAUGGGUGAGUAUUUAAAUUAAGAUGAGAUCACAGGAUGGAUACUUACAUUAAGCAUGAUCUACCAAACUAUUGCUUAAAUGUAAAAUAAGCAUUCCUCUGUUUUCCUCUCCUGUCUCCAGUUGGGAUCCCAACUGAUUGCACACUGUUUCACUUCACUUUGGAUUAUAGGCUAUUCUUCUGUAGUAGUUGUUUAUUUGAAUUUCACCGAAUCAACAUCAACUUACUAUUCUCUGGGUAUUCAGUACACUAUAUUCAAGAAAUAACUAAUUUAACCUUUAUUUUUAAAAGUAUAUGGACAUCCCUUAAAAUUAGUGGAUUCGGCUAUUUCAUUGUAUGCUCUACCGUUAAGAUUUCCCUUUACUGUGCAUGGUGAUCUUAGACUUGUGUGCGGCUGCCUGGCCAUGGAAACCCAUUUCAUGAAGCUCCCGACGAACAGUUCUUGUUUUGAUGUUUCUUCCAGAAGCAGUGUGGAACUCGGUAGUGAGUGUUGCAACCGAGGACAGAAGCUACGCGCUUCAGCACUCGUCGGUCGCGUUCUGUGAGCUUGUGUGGUAUACCACUUAGCAGCUGAGCCGUUGUUACUCCUACACGUUUCCACUUCACAAUAACAGCACUUACAGUUCAUCGGCGCAGCUCUAGCAGGGCAGAAAUUUUACAAACUGACUUUUUGGAAAGGUGGCAUUCUAUGACGGUGCCACGUUGAAAGUCACUGAGCUCUUCAGUAAUGCCAUUCUAUUGGCAAUGUUUGUCUAUGGAGAUUGCAUGGCCGUGUGCUCGAUUUUAUACACCUGUCAGCAACGGGUGUGGCUGAAAAGCCAAAUCCACUCAUUUGAAGGGGUGUCCACAUACUUUUGAAUAUAUUAUUGGACCUAAGUAAGUCAGGUUUGUAUCCUGCUGCUCUUGGUAAGAUUGUCAGGUCAGCCAAUUGUUGGCAUUCAAUGAGUUGCUCUUAUACCUGGGUAUUAAAGAGAUUCUCAGGUACUUUUGUAUACUUUUUAUCCAGUAGUUCUGAAAGUAGUGCUCACGAGACAAAAGUGGUUACCAAAAAUUGCGUACUGCGUCAAAAACGUGUAUAUAUCUGCUAUAUGUCAUUGCUCUCUCUUUCGCUCUGCUGUGUGUGCAUCUUGAUGGCUGUCACUCAAAUGGUGAGGGGCUGAAGCUCAUAGGGAAAAUAGAGCAUCACAGCUUCCAGAAAAACAGUCGCUAGCUAAUUAAGUAAAAGUUAUUUUGCUUAUAGAUUAUACAUGUAUAAACUACAAAUUGAAACAUCCAGUUGCCAAUGUUCCAGAACAUUAAAUACAUGCUGUUACUGUAGUAAUUAAUUACACAGGUAUAAGAGCAAGUGUUACCCAGCUGUUCAAAGGAGUAAGCCUAAAUCCAAAUCCAUGUAUUUUGUCAUAGGCUACAUGCAUGGUAUGCCUAUCUCUAAUGAAGUGGCACUGUGGAUAAUUUAAGUAUCUCUCACCAGCUAGUGGUUUACAUUGCAGGCCUACCAAUGGCCGCGCGACAGCUUCAUUCACGGAGCGCCCGUCCGUGCUCCUACCGUUUUCCUGAUACAGCCCAGCCGCCCUUCAACCGCCCUUUAACCGCUCUUCUCCCAACCAACGACACUACUACAGCUGCCAGUUGGAGGCAAGACACUAAUUUAGCAUCAAGCCAGCAGCAUGCCUACUACCUGUCACCACUCAUUUUUUAUAUUUAUAGAUUGUUAUUAUUUAAGGUACAUUGGAUGCCAUGUCCAGUUGAAAAAGGUUUGUGGAAAGGUGCUGUAAAUGAUUGUGUGUGCAAAACAUAUCAGAUAACGAGGGUCAAUCGUAGUCACCUGGAUCCACUGGUGACGACUAAUAAAAUGUUCUUGUCAUGUACUUGCAGGUGUCGUGUCUUUGCUAUGCCGGAUUAAGUGAUAUGACAUGCUAUUCUAUAAAAUCAUUUCUCUGUAAUUAAUAUUACCUGAUUGAACUAAUUAUGUAAAUGUAAUUAACUAGAAAGUCGGGGCACCACGAAAUAAUGUUUAUAGAGCUGUUAUCUUCUGAAUAAACUCUUAAAGACCUGGUAA